AUGACGACUUCACCCAAUGGCCCAGGGUCCAACUCUGCCUUGCCUGUUCUUAACGAUGCAACUUCCAAAAGUCUGUCGCCAACUGAUCGGUCCAUUAACGACGCCCCUCUAGAGCGACGCUCAUCGCAUACGAACUCAAUUCAAGGGUCAUCUGACAAUACUGAACGGCCAAAGAAAAAGCGAUCUUUUCUUCGCGUCCCCUCGCGAUCAUCUUCCAAUGCAAAACAACGAGGGCAGCUUACCGCUCAAGAAAGGCAACAAGACGGCACUGAAAGCAAUACUGGAAGUAAAAAAGGGGCUGGAAGUAUGGCAAGCAGCAAGCGAUCCAGGCACACCGACGCCCCUACUGCUACAGAUAUCAACCCUAAGGUGUCCACAACCGAUGCGGAUGAUCAGCCUAAGGAAAGGUUGGCAAAAGGGCCACCGAAGUUGUUUUCAUUCCUCAGUUGCUGUGGCGGCGCGUCGAACGAAGAUCAGGAAGACCCUGGAAUCCCCCCAAAAAGAUCCGUAAAACCACAGUCGUCGCACGGCAGGCAGCCAACGCCAGUCGAGAAGACAGAACCCAGCGCUGCAGAUUCGAGCACAUCGGAUUCUAGAGAACCGGCCUCUUUUGAUGAAAAGUUUGCGCUGCAAGCGAAUGCGGACCGGAAGGAUUCUCACAUUAACGAUGAUGUGCCGGUAGCGCCCGUGGAAACUCCUUCGGAUAGCAUGGUUAAAAGGGAUCUUUUUGAUAAAGAUUUAAACACCCUUGCCCCAUCCAACUCAGGAUCUGGCUCUGGCUCAGCUUCGGGUUCCAGGAGUUAUACAGGUCGAGAUACUGAUUUACUGCCAAUUCCUGUAUCGGAGAAACUGACCCCGUCAAACACACCCAGCGCUUCGGGUGAGCAAACAGCCACGGACGCGGUCUCAAAACAACCCAAUGGCGAUCAAGAUGUCUCCAUGCAAAAUUCGCAGUCCGCAGAAAGUUACAUAGACGAAGAUGUGGAUACUCCGCUCCAAGACAGAACCGGGCAACAAGCGAUGAUUCCCCCUCCACCCCCGUUAGAUCACAAUGCAGAAUCGUCAAACAAGUACAUCCCAUCUGUUCCUCCCCUUCAACCAGAGAACCAGCAAUGGUUAUUACCUCCCGUUGAACCACACCUUCAGAGCCGCAAGUGCCUUGUCCUUGACCUUGACGAAACACUUGUCCACAGCAGUUUCAAAGUUCUUGAGAAAGCUGAUUUCACCAUUCCAGUGGAAAUCGAGGGGCAAUAUCAUAAUAUCUAUGUAAUCAAGCGUCCCGGCGUUGAUCAGUUUAUGAAACGAGUAGGAGAACUCUACGAAGUUGUCGUUUUUACAGCAUCUGUAUCAAAGGAUCUUUCUCAAGUUGGCCGUGACCUCCGAGAUACCAUCAUCAUCGACAAUUCUCCAACAUCUUACGUUUUCCAUCCUCAGCAUGCGAUUCCAAUUAGUAGUUGGUUUUCGGACGCACACGAUAACGAACUGUUAGAUCUUAUUCCCGUCCUCGAGGAUUUAGCCAGUUCUCAAGUUCGGGAUCGACCGCGUGGACGUGGUCUUUGA